AUGAAAUAUUCAACACUAGUUUGUUUCGUUUUGUUGCUAACCAUUCUAUCUGUGUUAAAAGGCCAAGUUAACAUCUACGUUUCGGACAGUCAAGGUCUCGAUACAAACUUUGGUAACUCAACCAACUCUCCAUUCAAAACUUUGUCUAAAGCAGCAGCCACAGUUGUGUCCAUGAAGAAUUCAGCUCUCACCAAUCAAACCUAUAACAUUUUAAUUGAAGAAGGGUCCUAUUUCAUUAAUUCAUCAAUUACCUUAGCUAGUCCUAGCAAGUAUAAUGAUAAUACUUCACCUGUCAUUUGGAAACCUUUAAAUUCUGGCAAGAGUGUCAAAGUGGUUGGUGGUGUUCCACUCCCAGCUAGCUUGUGGUCAGUUGUAACAUCUCAGAAUAAUAAUUGGGCCUUUAAUAUGAUUCCAACAAGCUCACAAGGAAAGGUUUUGCAAUUGAAUUUGACAGCUGUCGGUUUUUCACAAACUCAAAUUUCAAAACUCAAAAGAAAUGGUCAAUAUAUUGGUUCAACUGAUUCACAAAAUGAACUUUUCUAUAGAGGAAAGGUUUUGACGUUGGCUCGUUAUCCAAAUAUUUCUCCUGAUACACUCGAUGAUAAUUUCUUAAAGAUUGGAGCCAAGCCAGGUGUCAAUAAUUUCACAUUCGAUGCUACUAAUGCAACCAAUAGAAAUAGAUGGCCAAAUGAAAAGUAUCCUUUCGGUUUUGGAUAUUGGGCAUACGAUUGGGCAGAUGGCACUGAAGAUUUACAAAGUGUCACUCCAGAAGGUGUUGUCACUUUAAAACAAUCCUCAAUUACUUAUGGUAUUGUGGGUGGUCAAAGAUUUUUCUUAUUGAAUUUCUUGAGUGAGCUCGAUCAAGCUGGAGAAUACAUUAUUUUAGAUGACAUGGUUUAUUUGUAUCCACCUGGACCUCUGGAAAAUGAUGAUGAUUUGGUUCUUUCAGUAACUGAUCAGAUUUUCACAGUCAAUGCCCAUGCUCAUCAAUUCCAUAAUCUCAAUUUGGGAAUGUGUAGAGGAACCGCAAUCAAGGCAUCAAAUUAUAAUUAUUUGAUUGUGAAUAGUUGUACUAUCUCCAAUACUGGUAAUGUUGGCCUUGCUAUUGGUAAUUGUUUGACUGGUUGUAAGGUUACAAGCAAUACCAUGUAUGAAUUGGGUCAAGGAGGUGUUUCAGUUUCUGGUGGUUCAAGAAUUACACUCACCAAUACUGAUCUCAUUGUAAUGAACAAUACUAUUUUCAAUUUUUCAAGAAUUGGUAAGACCUAUAGAGGCGCAGUUUCAUUGAGUGGAUGUGGUGUUAAGGUAAUGCACAAUGUAUUGCAUACAGCUUCGCAUGUAGCCAUCUUGCACAGUGGUAAUAACCAUGAAUUAUCUUACAAUGAAAUUUACAAUGUUUGCACUCAAACAGGAGAUGCUGGAGCCAUUUAUAGUGGAAGAGAUUGGACUAUGAGAGGAAAUGUCAUCAAGUACAAUUUCAUUCACCACAUUCGUGGACCUGGUCAACUUGGUACUUCAUGUAUUUACCUUGAUGAUCAAUAUUCAUCUGCUGAUGUUUACGGAAACGUACUUUUGGAAUGUUACAGAGCUAUUCUUGUUGGUGGUGGUAGAGAUAAUGGUGUAAGAAACAAUAUUUUCAUUAACAAUACCAUUAGUAUUCAUGUUGAUAACAGAGGAUAUAAUGCACCAAAUAAUUCAGUACAACUCAUGAAGAAUCUCCAAAAUAUGCCUUAUCAAACCGAGCCUUGGGCUUCUGCCUAUCCAUCUCUUGUUAAUAUUCUCAAUGAUGACCCUCAUGCUCCAAAAGGAAAUAAGGUAGUUUUCAAUUUAAUGAGUGGAACAACUUCAUUGAAUAUUGCAUCAAUGGUUUAUGCCAAGUCAACUGUCUCCAACAAUACCAUGAAUGUUCCAAUGAAAUGGUUUGCCAACCCAAGUGCCUUAAAUUUCACACUCAUUGAAGGAAACCCAUACGAGAAUGAAUACUUUACCAAAAUUCCAUUCAAUGACAUUGGUUUAUUGAAAUAUACUCCAUCCAAUGUAGUUGUACCAACUGCCUCCAACUCUGCCAUUCAGCCAACUGUUUCUGCUAGAAAUUCCACAAGAGUUUCAUCAUCUUUUAAAUUGGACUGUUCAUUAAUUGUAACACUCCUUCUCACUAUUUGCAUUUCAUUGAUAUUUAAUUAUUGA